AUGCCACGAGCGGACCCGGGACAGCGGGUCGCGGUGCCGUGGGUGUUGAUAGUAUAUAAUCGCCGUGGCGGGGGCAUUUUGCGACCGCUUCCUGCCCCCCUCCCUCGCCCCGCUCGCCACCCCGCUGUGCUUGGCGCCCCCGCCCGUCGCCCGCCAACGCCCGCUGAUCCGCAUAGGAGGAGCACAAGUUUUAUCCCCGCCACUGGUACAUCGCAAGCCCAUAUCGCCCCCGCCGAUCGCCACCCUCCCCAGCCCCAGCUCCAGCAUGUCCUCCGCCGCCGACCAGCGUCCCAGCGCUGCCAACACCCCGCCCGCGUCCAACCCGGGCACCCCGCAGGCCCCCCGCCACCCCCGCCCGGCGCCUACCCGUACGACCCGCGCUACUACUACCCGCCGCCGCCGGGCGUCCAGGGCUACCCGCCGCCGCCGGACCCGAGCCACCCCUACGCGCACUACGCGAUGCACCAGCACCCCGGCUACGCCAUGCCCUACCCGCUCCCCGUGCACGCGCAGCACCUGCCCCCGCCCGGCCCCGGCCCGCAGAGCCUCUCCGCCGGCCCGGCCCCCGGCGCGCCGCCCGGCGUGCAGGUCAUCCACACGGACGACGCCGCGACGAAGCUCUCCGACCGCGUGCGCCGCCGCUGCUUCAACUGCUGCACGACCGACACGAGCACGUGGCGCCGCAGCAACCUCUCGCCCGGCAAGGUCCUCUGCAACAAGUGCGGGCUGUUCGAGCGCACGCACUCGCGCCCGCGCCCCGAGCAGUUCCCCCACAAGCGCGGCCCGCUCGCGACGAGCUCGCUCCCGCCGGCCCCCGGGUCGACGUCCCCGGGAAGUGCGGCGCGGGCGCCGGCCCCGGCGGGCGCGCCGUACCCACCGCCCAACUACUAUCCCCCGCCGGCUGAUGCGCCGCCCGCCGGGACACCCGCCCCCGCGCCGACCUCCGUGUCCGCCCCGCCUGCGCCUGCCACACCCGCCGCUCCGGUCCCCGCUCCGGCCCCCGCCGAGGAGAAAAAGGACGGCGACGACGGCAAGAAGGACGCCCCUGCCGCUGCUUAG